AUGAGAACCGACCAAUCAGUGAUCGGAACCCCAAGACAAGGUGCAGGAAGCCAACAACAAACUUACCGGAGCAAGGUGGGGCACGGGGCGGCCGGCGGCAGCCGGACGGCGGGAUAUCCGGCAAGAGGAGGGUGCUGCCAGUGUGGGGAGGUCCGGGCGCGCAUCGGUCGACCACGGGAGGCGGCGGAGGCGGCGGGCAUUGAUGCCCUAGCCGCACAACCCGAGGAGAGCCAGGGCUUGGUCCAGCCAACAGGGAGCUUCUGGCGGCAGGAUCUACGGCGGUGGGCGGGUGCGGCCGGACAGGCGGAGGCGGUGCUCACUCCGGCCGGCGUUGGGAGGCGACGGCGACUGCUCAUGAGAAACCCGAGCCCCCUGCGCGCUCGGCUCGGGUUCAGCCGGACAGAACGGCCACCAAGGCGGCCGGGGACCCGCGGGGACGUCGGAGACGGCAAGAAGGGGUCGCCUGAAGGUGGAGGGGAAGGAGGAAGGAGGCGAGCGACGGCGGCGGUGGCCCGCAGCUCAAGCGCGGCCACCCGAGCUCAGCUUGGCAGAGGGUCACAGCGGCGGCGCCCAGGGCGUGCGGCGGCGACGGCGGCCAUUCAGGCCGGGCGCGGGGGUGCCAGUGGUCAAGAGGGAGGUUGCCGAUGUGGUCCCUGGUGGCGGUAG